AUGUACGAUGUGAACCGCAAUGGAUCUACGUUCUUGUGGGUUCUUGAGGAUACCUACGAAGGCUCGACAUUCUUCGACACCUUUGACUUCUUCACCGGAGAGGAUCCGACUCAUGGCACUGUCAACUACGUGAACCAAACCACGGCAUUUGCGAGUAAUCUGUCAUACAUAAGCGAGAACAACCAAGUCAUUAUGAAAGGCGACGACACCACCUGGCUUCCGGCUGGAACCAACCGCAACAGUGUUCGGAUCUCUAGCCAGAAGCAGUACAAUACGGGUCUUUUUAUCCUGGAUUUGAACCGCGCACCAUGGGGUUGUGGUGUGUGGCCAGCAUUUUGGACGCUCGGGAGUGGAACGUGGCCAUACACUGGCGAGAUAGACAUCAUCGAGGGAGUGCAUGACAAUGAGCACAACCAGGUGACAUGGCACACGGCAAACGGCUGUAUGUUAUCACCCGAGCCCGUCGUCAACUUCACUGGCACGAUCGUGCAAUCGAAUGGUGUCGACAACUUGAACUGCUCCGGCCUUGCGGCAUCCAAUCCCGGGUGCGGUAUAACGGAGUGGAGUCAAGCGUCCUACGGACCAUUCUUCGAGUCACAAGGAGGAGGAGUCUUUGCCAUGAAGUGGGACGAAAAUGGCAUCGCCGUUUACCGAUUCUAUCGAGCAGCGAUCCCGAGCGAUAUCAACGACGGCAAUCCCAACCCGUCAACUUGGGGAACGCCGGUAGCAGCACUUGCUCCCGACAACUGCGACCCGCUGCAGUAUUUCGUCAACCAUUCCAUUAUCUUCGACAUCACGUUCUGUGGAGACUGGGCGGGCAACUCUUACGCGACUUCAGGUUGUCCCGGAACUUGUCCAGAUCGUCUGAUGGACCCGACGAACUUUGUGAAUGCGUCAUGGAUUAUCAACUCCCUGAAGGUGUACAAAAAGCAGGGCAUCUUCGGACAGGUGUCGGGCGCGCCGAUGACGGCUGCAGGGGCCCAGUGGACUGUUACGUUGUUUGUGCUUGCCGCACUUGCGCUGUGUCUUCUAUAG